UUUCCUGCAGAUGGCACCAGAGUUUCUGCCUCCACUCCAAUGUCUGUUCUGCUAACAAAUAACUUUUAAUUAGUCAUUAAUGAGACAAAGUAUUCUGUAAUACCUCCGAAAAAAGACCAGGUGUGCAGCGAGCAGUCUACAGAGAUGGACAGUGUGAAAGACCUGAUCCAAAGGCUUUAUGUGGCGUUACAUGUAGAAAAUCACCAGCUCAUCAGAGAACAGGAACUCCUGGAGAAACUGGAAGAGCUAAACGACCAGCGACAAAUUAUUGAACAGACGAGGUCGCAGUUAUAUCUGAAAGCUGAAGCUAAAUCCAGUCGAUUCAUGUGGACAGCUUUGGGUUUGAUGGCCACUCAAGGUGGAGCAUUGGCUUGGCUAACAUGGUGGGUCUACUCCUGGGACAUCAUAGAGCCCGUCACCUACUUCAUCACAUAUGGGAGUUCUUUGGCCUUUUACGCAUACUUCCUCAUCACGCGCCAGGCCUUCACGGGGUUAAAGGCUCCUGUACCCGAUUGGCCUAGCUGCAUCAUGUGA